AUGUCCUUCAUUUGCAGACCAGUCAUAGAUUCCCACAAGUCUUUUCCACGGUGGGUAAUCAUCCUUGGUGUGCUUGGCGUGCUGGCAGUCCUUGGGAUAACUAUUGGACUCUUAGUUCACUUUCUGGCAGUAGAAAACAAGAUCUACUACUAUCGAGGUAGCUUUAAAGUGCUGAAUAUUCCAUAUGACAGAAAUUAUGAGAGGGAGAUAUCACCAGAAAGUAACUACCUCAGUAAAAUCCUCGAGACUAAAAUGGUGGACGCCUUUCAAAAUUCUAACAUUUACAGACAAUAUAUCAACUCUCAGAUAAUCACAUUGAUUCCUGACAGCAACAGCGUGACAGCAAACAUAUGGCUGGUGUUCAAGGAUCCCAGGUCCAACAAGGAAAACACAAGAAGGAGAAUCGAAAGCAUAUUACGUCAGAUGCUGGAGAACCACUCAGGAUCCUUGACUACAGAUCCAGGGUCUCUGAAGCUCAUGGAAAUCAAUAAGGUUGAUGCUGAAAAGAUUAUCAACAACCGCUGCGGGAGACGACCAAGAAUGUCAGCAACCUACGACAGAAUCAAGGGAGGUUCUACUGCUCAGAAAGGAGAAUGGCCAUGGCAAGCGAGUCUCAGAGUGAAUGGUAGACACUACUGUGGGGCAUCACUAAUUGGUGCAAGAUUCCUGCUGACAGCAGCUCAUUGCCUUCAAAAAACAAAAAAUCCAGAAAACUUAACCAUUAGCUUUGGCACUAAAGUGACUCCACCCUACAUGCAGCAUCAUGUUCAAGAAGUUAUUAUCCAUGAAAACUAUGUUAAGGGGGAGCAUCAUGAUGAUAUUGCAGUUGUCGUGCUCACUGAGAACGUUGUAUUCAAGAACGAUGUACAUCGGGUUUGUCUUCCGGAAGCCACACAGAUUUUCCCACCGGGGGAAGGGGUCGUUGUUACAGGCUGGGGAGCACUUUCACACAAUGGUGAAUCCCCAUUGCUACUUCAGAAAGCAUCUGUUAAAAUUAUUGACACAAACACUUGCAAUGCCGAAGAAGCUUACAAUGGCAGGAUAGAGGACACAAUGCUCUGCGCUGGUUACAUGGAAGGCAAUAUCGACGCUUGCCAGGGUGACUCUGGAGGACCACUAGUUCACCCCAAUUCUCGAGAUAUUUGGUACCUUGUUGGGAUAGUGAGCUGGGGACAUGAAUGUGGCAGAAUCAACAAGCCAGGAGUCUAUAUGAAAGUGACUGCCUACCGUGACUGGAUUGCCUCCAAGACUGGUAUCUAG